AUGGAAAACAACAGUGAAGCUGAGCAGAGCCCAUGGGCUCAUUUACCUGAUGUCUGUCUGAGGCAUGUCUUCCAUUGGUUAGACAACAGGGACAGAUCUCAGGCCGCCUUGGUCUGUAAAAAGUGGACUUGGGCCAUGCACUCAGGAUCUCUCUGGAGAAGCAGAACCAUCACAUUCUAUGGCUGAUCAUCAAGGCCAUAGACAUUGGAGUUUCAAAGUGCACUGUGGUAUGUCAAGAAGUUCGGCAAGUAUUUGGAACACCUUGAGAUCAAGUUACCAACUUACAAUACUGCCUUUACCCAAAAAUUUCAAGUGACUAUGAGAGGUCUUCUUUUACAUCUGCGUAGGUGUAACAGUUGCCUAGUACCCCUGAGCAUUGGGUACCUGGAAAUAGACCGCUUGAUUUGGAAAAAUUUGGUCAGGGCUUGGUUUAUCAAGAACUUAGCUACCUUCCUAAAAAGAAUGAGCAAACAGCUUGAUUUUCUAAACUUAGUAAGAGCAACCUUGGAAGAAGGCAGUGAACUUCUGAAUUCUCUGAGCUGCUUGACAAAUAAAAGCUUUAUAUCUGAAGUCAAUAUUGAGGAUUUCUUCAGUCUCCACCUUCCUGUCUACAGCAGCACCUUGUUCCGCCAGACUGUGUCCAAGUUCCACAGCCCGGUCACCCUGACUUUCAAUUAUAACUGCAUCUCUGAUAAACUGGUGGACAUCCUGCAGGAGCACAGUGGUCAUUCCCUGUGCAGCUUGAAUAUCAAAUGUCAUAUCCGUGACCCUCAUGAGUGAGUGGUCUGGGGAAUGUCAUGGACAAACUUGGUCAAGAGAGACCCAAAACUGAACGUGAACUUCUUCGAAAGAGUCAUGAAGCAUGAUCACCUAGCCAGGAUCCUGCUAGUGGAGAUCCCAAUCAGGAGCAUCAUUCUAUGGAACUGCUAUUAUUUCAGUGACCCAGACUGGAUAAUGAGACUUACCCUCACCAAACUCUUCCCAGCAUACUGGCAUGUUCUGCAGGAAUUAACACCUGAAUUAAACAAUGAUCAUGAGCUGCUGGAUGAUGAGCUGCUACAGCUCAUCUUGUCAAGCAAGAGGUUGUUAUUUCUGAGCAUCUGGGCAUUUCCAAGUGUCACCUUGGAGAGACUGCUACAAAACCGUGCAGAAAGGAAAUGCAUUUUGACUAUCGUAAAGGUCAGGAUUUACACAGCCCAACAAGAGGCCAGUGAGGAGGAUCGGCUGCUGUGUGAUAUUUACAGGAAGUUUAAAUACCUGAUUGACUCAGAGCUUAAUUAUUUUGUCAUCACCUACCCAAUCCACAGGGAGAGAGAAGAACAUCCAGUGACCAUCCAGAUACCAUUACAGCAAGAGAGAGCACUUCUCAUUGUAGAACUUCAAACACAUUACCAAUGA